UCAGGUGAAUGAGAGUGGCAAAAAAGGACACGCUUUCGCCGGGCGUCGCAUUUUAAAAGACACGCAAUUAGAAGAAAAUGACUUAUAUUUCCUCGUUUGGGGCGCAAGUUUUCAUGACAGCAUAUCUACUCCUCCUGAUGGGAUGCGCAGCACAGAAAGUAUACUUUGACUGUGGUGCCAAGGUGGAUGUGGUGGAUGCCCAAGGACUGAUCCUCUCCCCUGGCUUCCCCUACAACUACUCCUCCGGGACCCACUGUGUUUGGCAGUUCUUCGUACCUGUCGAUUAUCAGCUCAUACUGGAGAUAUUUGACUUUGACGUGUUUGAAAGCCACGAGUCCACCGCACAGUACUCCGUCAUUUCUAAUUAUGAAGAGGACAACGGAGAAGACGAGCUGACGUUCGCAUUGGGUGGAGCUUCGGCGGCAGAAAGAGACGCGGUAGAUCAGGGCGAGGCCACAAAUAUUCAGAAGUCCUCUCGGGACAGUGAGACGGAGCAGGCGGUGGUCCAGGAACGAUCCACAAAAAGUAUCCAGAAGUCUUCUCGGGACAGUGAGACGGAGCAGGCGGUGGUCCAGGAACGGUCCACAAAAAAUAUCCAGAAGUCCCCUCGGGACAGUGAGAUGGAGCAGGCGGUGGUCCAGGAACGGUCCACAAAAAAUAUCCAGAAGUCCUCUCGGGACAGUGAGAUGGAGCAGGCGGUGGUCCAGGAACGGUCCACAAAAAAUAUCCAGAAGUCCUCUCGGGACAGUGAGACGGAGCAGGCGGUGGUCGAGGAACGGUCCACAAAAAAUAUCCAGAAGUCCUCUCGGGACAGUGAGACGGAGCAGGCGGUGGUCCAGGAACGGUCCACAAAAAAUAUCCAGAAGUCCUCUCGGGACAGUGAGACGGACCAGGCGGUGGUCCAGGAACGGUCCACAAAAAUAGCCAAAGUCUCAAACUCCGCCAAAAGAUCUAUAGAUGGUUCUUCCGGCCUUAUAUCGCCUCCACCCGCCUCGCUCCUCCUUCCUGGAGCGGCGUCCUAUGAAGAUAGGGCCUUCAACACGGCUUCCUCCCCUCGACUUAAGGCAGAGCUCGACCCUAGUUCCAAACCAAGCAUGUCCAUGGCGGAUACCACCGUUGCGUCGCUACAAUCCACUGACACUCCUGCUGCGAGCCCUGGAACCCAGCAGUCGGUGCUGGACGCCUGCCCCCAUGAUGUCCUCUAUAUCUCAGACCUCAUCACCUUCUCCUCAAGAUUCUGUGGGUCCAACCGACCGCCCAGCAGCCAGCUGGUUUUUGGCUCGAGCCAGGAGAUGGUGGAGGUGAUCAUGGAGCUUAUCACGACCACUCAUUGGGGGCGGGGCUUUGCCCUCCUCUUCCACUACAACAACGUUACCAAACCAGUGGGGGAACGGCGAAGCUUUACGUCCGCAUCCACCAGGGCUGACUCUCUGCUGGCCGCUGUGAGUGGAGCUGCCUUCUUCGCUUUGAUACUCACUACUGUCGUCUGUGUUGUAUUCAGACCCUCACUGUGUCCAAAAAGAGAGAACUCCUGUGCAUCUACUGACUCUGAGGUGCCAGAGAGGAUCCAGAACACGGGGGAGGAGGUAAGUGAGCUGCAACCAAUAGCUGAGAACCACACCACCAUCCAGGGGGUGACCAGGGAGCAGGACCACAACAAGCACAGUCCACCACACACAGUCAGAGCUGCUGUUGGCACUUCCCAAAAUAUCGAAGUGGACCUUUCCUCCAGCGGCUUGCCGGAGUUUGAGCUUGGUCCCGAUGAAGUCUUUAUUGUAUCGCCGAGCCCGAGUCUGACCAGGCCUUCUUUCUCCCCACACACACAGAGGGAGAGGUUCUUGAGGCACAGUGACACCGGUCUCAGUUCCGUGGGCGAUUGGACCCCACCGCACUCCUCCAAUUUACCUCCCGGUCCCUCCGGCGCCAGCCUUUCCAGACCAAGAGCGUGGAGCGUGCGCACCUUCCAGGACUUCCUCCCCCCGCUGCCGCAGCUCCAUAAGAAGUGGUGCAGCUGGAACUCUACCAGCCCUUUCACCAAGCUGGUGGACAGCGCUCCUCCCUGUUUGGUGGCGGACAACAACAGGAAGUCUUUCUCCGAUGUUCACCUGGCGGCCAAAAUGGACCGCAGCACCAUGUCCGACUCUCCUAUCAGCAACGCUUCCUAUCCACUGGCUCAGGCUGCCCAAAGGCAGCGGCGUCUCAACUCAGCCAGCAACCUGCGCCGCUCCCGCUUCACAGGGCCUUGCUUCGGUCUGUUCUCUGGGACGGCGGACGCAUCAAAGUCCUCUGGGCUCAGUCAUGGCCAGAGUUCCCAACCGGAGCCCAUCUCGUCUGCUUCCUCCAUCCAGUGCCCCGUGGAGGGCGGCCAGGCUGCCAAGAGGCACGACUUCCCAGGAGAGGGCGAACACCUGCCUGUGUUUGCCAUUUCCGAGGAAGAGGACCGGCAGCCUUUGGUCUUAGCUGAACACCUAACUCAAACCCCUAACGCCACCAUCCUGAACGGACUAGUGCGAGAGACAUUCGAGGGAAAAAGACCUACUAGCGCUAAUUCCAGCCUCAGCCCUCAGAACCAGAGGGCUAGACCGGAGUGGAGGGCAUGCGGGAGUCCGAUGUCAGGUGGGGUUUGUCCACUCCCUUCCAAUACCACCAUGACCGAGUCAAACACCAUCAGCGGCUGCCAGCUGCCUCUCAGUCAGUCCGCAGUGUUGUGCAUCAACCACAUGUGACCAAGAAGGUCCCAACAAGACUGUGGUGGGCCUUUUCAUGAAAGCCCCUUUGUUUGAUCUCAAAACCUUUGACAGAAUUUACUCGCAAGUUGAUUACUUUCUGGAAUACGCGUUCUGGAUGCUGCUUGAUAUAUGCCGAGGUCCAUACUGCUGUGGUGUCAUGUUUUAAAAAGGCUUACAACAAAGAACAGUAUUUUGGAUUGUACACUAAAAUCCCAACUUUUAGGAGCACUUUUUUAAACGGGGUUUAUUGAUCAUUUUCAUAUAUUUUGGUAAAUUGUACUCCAAACACUGCACUACUUUUCAGUUAUUCGUUCAAUGUGAAUAUUGUAAUAUGUGUCAAUACCUUUUUCCAUCACGUGUCGUCUUCUGACCUUUUGUUUGUUUUUACAGGACUUCCAAGACUUGUUACCCAGAUUUGUUCUGUAAAGUAUAAAUCAUACAUGUAUCGCUUAUGAACUAUAUAUACAUUUCCUGGAUUAUGAAAGGGAAAUCAAAAUACUGUAAAGCAUAUACUAAUGUACAUUUCUAGUUAAAUCUAGUUUAAAGAAAAAGAAAUAGCAAUCACAAUAGUAUUUAUUAAAUGAGUUGACAUGGAAUAAUGUAAAGUUUAAA